ACAGAUCUGGCAUGAGGUUCAAUCCUAUUGUAUAUUGGUUCGUAGAAAUAACAAAGCGAAACAAAGUAAUUAAAUACUGAAGUUGAUCGUACACCAAACUCUCCUUACAUGAAAAAAGAUCACUUGCGAUUAGUGAUAAGAUGUCGGGAGGAUAAACACAGAUGUAGAAAGUUUACAUCACAGAACCGACUUUAUAUCAGCAUCUACUGCGAAGAGCAAAGAGAUGAUUUGUCGUGUCAUUAAGUUUCCAUAAACUAGAUUAUUGAAAAGCGCGCGUUUUUAAAAAGAUCAUGUCGGACGAAAAAGGAACUGCUGCUGGAUCAUAUGAAGGGGAAUCGUCAAAUGAAGACGCAAUGUCGUUAGAGGAGAAAAUUGGAAGGGCGAAGAAUUUUGACAAAGAAAUGAAGGAUUAUGCCAAAGCAACAGUGAAAGAAUUUCUUGGUAUCUAUGGUUAUGAAGAAGAAGAAGAGGACAUGAAUGUGGAUGAGUCAGAAUCCUCAAGAAGCCAUGUAACACAAACAAAUUCUGACACAGAUGUCGACAAACAUCAAGAGACAUCAAAUAGCCCAUCUGCACCUACAAUGGUAACCAGUGAAUCUGAAUAUGAAUCAUGCAAAGAUAAAGAACAUCCUGUUUCAUCAGUAAGAAUUUCAAGUUCAACAACUAAUGUUGAAACUGAGGAAGACACAAUGUCAGAAGUGUUUCCCUCAAAAGAGGUUCCAUGUCCUGAGUCAGGGCUUUCCUCCUUCUCAUGGGAUGAAUACAUUGCAGAAAAAGGUGGCAUUCUUGCACCUUGGACUUGUUUCAAACAGUCUUCCACUCCACCUUUCAAUGGUUUCCAAUGUGGUAUGAAAUUGGAAGUGUUGGACCCAAGGAGUGAAGAUGGGGCGAUAUGUGUUGCAACAGUUGUGGGAGUGAUAGGAUCUCGUAUUCGUCUCAGAUUUGAUGGAUGUAGUAGUGCCUAUGAUAUAUGGACGGUCAUUGACUCAGGCAAUAUUCAUCCUAUUGGUUGGUGUGAAGGGAAUGGAGGUGUUCUUAAACCUCCUGUAGGUUUCAAGAUGCAGGGUAGUAGUUUCAAGAGUUUUCUUCAAAAAGCUUUGGCAGAUGGUGAACUAGCACCAUUAAGACUUUUUAAAAAGGAGCCAAGCUCACCAAAAGUGAAUCUUUUUUGCCCCACAUUUAAACUUGAAGCAGUUGAUCCGAGUCAUCCAGCGCAUGUCUGUGUUGCAAGUGUAAAAAAUGUCAUAGCAGAUGAUAUAUAUAUAGAGUUUGAUGGCAGACCUGGCAGAGUUUAUAAAUAUUCAUUCCACUCUCGUGACAUAUUUCCACCAGGAUGGAGCUAUUUCAGUGGUCAUCCAUUGCAUUCACCUCAAGGUUUCAAAAAAUUGCCAUUAGUUAUGUUGAAAGAGAGGCAGGUACAUCAUGGAUUUAGGCCGCAAAGUAAAAAGACAGAUUUGGCAGAAGGCAUAAACCCAGCACAUGAAACAGUUCAACAUUCCACAGAAAAGGCAGACUCGGUUUCUGAUGAUCAUCAUUCGUCAUAUAUCAUCCCCGGGGAAGUUGAACUUCAUGUAAAUUACAACUGUGAGUUUGGCUCGUAUCUUGACCCGAUAAAAUUAUCCACGCUUCAUCCUGUUUAUCGCGGUAAUGUCCGUGAUGUACUCCAAGCCAGUAUUCAGGCUAUUGUUAAUGCAGCCUACGACCCCAGUGUAGUGAUUGGUUUUCUUCGACCUGGACGAGGAAAGAUCAUCAUCAAGGCGAAGCAUGACAAGGAAACUUAUACUUGCUGUCUGCAAAGCAUAGAUCAUGUGUGGGUGAUGUGGAACGUGAUUGGUCGAUUCAUUGAUAAUCUUCGUUGUUGUAAGAACCUUUUCUCGGCCAACAUGCUUCACGGUACCUGCCCGAAAUGCAACGACCAAGGGAAGAAAUUAAGAGAAAGAGAAGUGGCUCGACUAGCAGAGCAAGAGAGGGUACAAAAAGAAUUGAGAAUGGAGGAACUACGUAAUGAAGCUAAAACAUUAGAACAGAAACAACUCAAGCAAGUGAAGGAGCAAGAGUUUCUGCUUCAACAACAAGUGAAAAAACGUCAACAAGAUCAAACUAAAGAGUUGGAAACUAAAAGAAGACGAAUUUCUCCAAUAGAAAAGAUACCAGAAGUGACUUCAGAUGUUGAGUCAACGUCAUCCCCGCUUACGUGGAGUGUUGAUGAGGUGGUUGGAUAUUUUCAGAAGUCAGACAUAACGAAAUAUGCCGAACAGUUUAGGGAACAUGAAAUUGAUGGAGGUGCAUUAUUGCUGUUAAAUCGAGAGACCAUUAUGUCGUGUAUGAACUUCAAACUUGGACCUGCUCUAAAAUUACUCAAUCAUAUAUCAGAUUUGAAGACAAAGUUUGGUAUAUCUACGGUUAAAUGACUUCAUCAAACAAAGUUCAUGUAUUUUAUGAUCCAAUUCAAUACUCACACAUUCUUCCACACAUA